CUCCAAAUCACGGCACCGUAACCUCUGUUUCCUCGUGCAGCUCCUGUGUAUUGACGAGGCCACAGCCAGCGUGGAUCAGAAGACGGACAAACUGCUGCAACAGACCAUCAGAGAGACGUUUCAGGACAAGACUGUCCUCACUAUUGCACACAGGAUCAACACCAUCAUGGACUGCGAUAGGGUACUGGUGAUGCAUGCUGGGAAGGUGGCGGAGUUCGACACCCCGGCUGCUCUCUGCCAAACUGACCGCUCCAUCUUCCACAGGCUGGUCGGCUUGAGAGGAGAGUGAGGCGACUAAGAGGAAAAGAUUUAUUUUUAUAUUUUCAUCGUGCAGGUUUGCUGAGAACUCGCUGCAUUUUUCCGCUCCGUCCAGCUUUGCACUUUUACAGCUUUUACAGCUUUUACAGCUCGCAUUUAAAAAGUCUUCUACUGUUGGAGCGAAAAAGGAGACAAAAUGCCUUCUUCAAAGGUUUGAUUUGCCUGGGAAAUAAUGGGUUUGUGGAUAUUUACUUAUUUUUUGCUGAUUUAGUUUCUUUAAAUUGAUCAUUUUAAUGUUGAAACAGCGUCAACUGAAAUGUUCUUGAAUGUCUGAAUUUUCUUUGUGAGGAACUAAAACCUACUCGUCCCUUAAAUGGCUUUUUUCUCCUCCUUGGUCAGAUUUUUGUGGGACGUUUUUAACUACAAGGCAAUACGUUUGCGCUGCAUAUUCAUAAAUUAACAAGUUGUCCAGCUGAGAUUUGUUUUGAUUUAUUACUGCAAGCAGGUACUGUCAGCAUGCCGUACUUUAGAGUCACUAUACUCAACCGGUCCUUCAUCGUCUGACUAGAUUUAUUCUUUUCGCUGAUUCAGAGUUUUUGUGGAGCUGUUUCAGUGUACUACUUUAUUGUAUAUUUCUAUAUUCUUCUUACUCAGUAUGCACUAGGGGAAAAAAUCAUCCAGUAAUAGGCUUCUGUUCACCGGCCAUAGUGGCUGAUGGGAGACAUUACCUUCAGUCACGUUUGAUUAUUUUGGAAGUAACAGUUAAAAGGAUGAAAUAUAAAAAUGCAUAUUCUCUGUCGGCUAUAGAUGUAGACAGUUGCAAAAAGCUCCCAGAGUAAAGAAAUCAUUUUAGUUGAAUAAGCAUUAAUCUAAGAACCUAAUAUAAACAUAUUUCUGUUGAAAAAUUGGAAAAGCAUUGAUUUAUAUAGAAAAAAUAUCUGUGUACCGUUACGUUAUGUCAGAUGUCACUGCAGGUUCAGGAGCCUGUUUCUGGUUUCAGGAGUAUUUCUUGAGCAAUAUCAGUUUGACACAACAGCUUAACGCUAAUUUGAAUGAAUGAUCUUUGUGUCAGUAAUCUCAAAUCUCAAAAGUGGAAGUUGAUGACGGAUCACUUUACAAUCAUCCGAAAGUUUUCUGUACUUACUGUUCUAUUUUCAGAAUAGUUGAAGAUGAAAAGAUGGGAUUUAGAAGGUCUAUCUUUGAUAGUGUUGUCAGUUACUCUGUUGCAGUGUUUGAAGGAUUUAACAUCCAUUCUCUGGGAACAGCGUUGAAAUAAUGACUUUUAGUGUGUUUUGGUGUUCCUCAGGGAAGCUGUUUUGGUCCUCUGAUGUUUUUGUUAUAUGUGCAAACAACAAAAUGUUGAUUUCUGCAGCUACGGUCUAUACCUACUUCUGUUCAUUUCUUCCGCUGCCAGUUUGUUAGGAGUUCACAGCUGCACCCCAAAGAGAGAAAACGAGAGGCGGGACUUUUAUCGACUGUGCUCCUAAAUCUUUGACUUUGAAACGUUUUACCAAAAGACAAAAGAGACAGAAAGCUUUCAUAACUGACCACUUAACACACUUUUUUAUGUUUUUUUUUCUUUUUUAAGGUUAUUUUUUGGAACAUUUUUGCCUUUAUUGGACAGUUGACAGCGAGGAUUCAUACAGAAAACCAGAGAAGCACAUUGGCUGUCUUUUGUGGGAGUGGAUGUGAGAGCCGUAUACAUCAAGUUCAUUGUGAUUAACAUAUUACAUAAGACGAUAAUCUCAGAGGUUUCGGAUGGCACGCAUGAAUUGCCUGGUUACUUUUCAUACCUUGAUAUUACCUUUGUCACUUAGUUAUUGUUACACUUAUCAAAACAAAAAUGCAGCCAGUGUGUGUGUGUGUGUUUUGGUCAUUUCUAAACACAAGGUCUUUUCUUGCAACCAGGCGGGAUGUUUUUAGGAUAAACCAGAGGAUUCAGUCUCACUGGAGGCGAAGAUUCAAACCUCCAGUCUGUGUUGUGUUAGUCGUCUCUUGUCUCUGUUUAUAAUGUGUUUCCGUUACAAAAACAACUACGACUUAAUUUACCUAUAUUUUUCCAAACCUGUGUAUACAUCAGAACAUGUCACCUCCCUGACAGUUUUAUACUGUAUUGAGAUAUUUUAUGGAUUUAAGCUUUUUGAACAUGAAUAACUGUUGGUGCAUGAAACUUUAAGAGUACGUGAAAAAAAUCCUGAAAAUAUCUGGUAACAUGGGAAGAAAGCAAAUGACCCAAAAAAUGUGCAACAAAUUAGG